ACCAAGCUCAUUGCUGAUCCACAACCAAUCGGCUCAUGGGCACCGCCAACGACGCGCCGGCGGGGGAGGUGCCGCUGCCGCUGCCUCCGAGGCGGACGCUAGUGUUCACGUACGGCACGCUGAAGCGCGGCUUCUCCAACCACGUCCUGCUCCAGGAGCUGGCCCGCGGCGGGGAUGCCUCCUUCGUGGGCGCGGCCACCACCGCGUCGCGCCUCCCGCUGGUCUGCGGGCCGUACCGCGUGCCCUUCCUCCUCAACCUCCCCGGCUCCGGCCACCGCGUGGCCGGGGAGCUCUACGCCGUCACGCCCCGCGGCCUCGCGCGGCUCGACGAGCUCGAGGGCGUCUCCCGCGCGCACUACGAGCAGCUCCCCGUCACCGUCGACCUCGCCGAGGGCGGAUGCGCCCGCGUCGACGCCCUCGCCUACUACGCGCACCGGGACUACGCAGGCGAGCUGUGGAGGCGGAGCGGGGAGAAGGGCUACCCGGAGUACUCGCACGCGGUGGCCGCCGGCUACGUCCGGCGCAAGGAUCGGCCGCAGGACCAGACCUUCCUGGAGCAGAUCCGCAUCUUCGUCUCCUCCCAAUCCAACUAGUCCCCUCCUAGCUAGAGAAGAUAAUCUUGGAUGCGUGGCGUGGUCCAUCCGUCCAUGCGAUCGAUUGGUUUGUUGGGACUCGGCCGCUUGCCGUUUGCUCUGCUCAUUCUUGUGCUGCUGUGAUCUGGCCCGUCUGGUGUGAUAUGAAUCUUCCUUCUUGCUGU